AUGCAUCGGACUAUUAAGGAUUUUUGUCAAGCUGCUAGGGCGUCCCCCGGAGGCGACGCGCGUCAUUGCCCGCAUGGCGCGAAUAGUGAGCUAGGGCUACCUGCCCCCGGACGAGGCAGGCCAAAGAAGCGAGUCCAGGAAAUCCGACUAGCGACGAUUAAUAUAGGAACGCUGACGAGCCGCAGUGGGGAGUUAUGCGAUAGGCUGAAGGAGCGACACGUCGACAUCGCGUGUGUACAGGAAACGAAAUGGAAAGGGAGGCAGGCCAAGGACAUCGGCGACGGAUAUCGUUUAUACUACACGGGAGAUAGCAGCCGCCAGAAUGGAGUCGCGAUCAUCGUCAGCGGUAGAUACCGCGAAUUAGUGACCGAAGUGACGCGCAUUUCAGAUAGAUUGAUGGCGAUGGAAAUCGAAGCAGAUGAUGCCACGCUUCGAAUAGUCUCGUGUUAUGCCCCGCAAUCCGCAUGUAUCGAAGCCGAGAAGGACGAGGCGAUCUCAAUGGGCACGUUGGCCACGAACACUAUGGAUUCAAGCGAUACCAUGGUGGAAACGGAUACGGUCAGAGGAAUGAAGAUGGAGAACGCAUCCUGGAAGCAGCAGAAGCACACGACUUGGCGAUAG